AUGAAUGAAGAGUACUGUGCAUCGUUAUCACCGUCUUCUGAGUUAUGCAUGCAUAAUUCGGAUCCAUCAAUACCUUAUAAAUAUUCAUCAAUUAACUCAGCACAUUUAACUUCUUAUGAUCCAAUGACAUUUUUGCAUGAAAUUAAUUUAGCCUCAGUAAACUCAAGUCAAUUGGAUAGAAUUAGUCAUAGUGAACGCGGACAAAAUAUCAACAGUUCUAAUAAUAAUAAUAAUAAUACUAAUAGUAACAAUAAUAAUAGCAAUAGUAAUAAUAAUAACAAUAGUCGUAUGUCGGCAUUUAUGGCAGCCGCUGCUGUUGCUGCGGCUGUUUCACAUAAUAAUAAUAAUAACAAUAAUAAUAAUGAUAAUUCAAACACUAAUUUAACAAAUAGCACAAAUAUUAAACGUGCUAAUGCUAAUAUAGAUGGACAGUUUAAUCGACAGACGAAUACUUACAAUUUGUUAGGACAAUCGAAUAAUUUCUUAAUGGCUGCUGCAGCGGCUUCAGUAGCUAAUGACUUAAAUCUGUCCUCAGGUAAUCAAAUUCGUCGACAAAGACGUGAAAGAACCACUUUUACACGACAUCAAUUAUUAAUGUUAGAAGAAUUAUACGCAAAAACACGAUAUCCUGAUGUCUACGUACGUGAAGAAUUAGCCUUAAAACUACGCCUACCCGAGUCAAGAGUACAAGUUUGGUUUAAAAAUCGUCGAGCUAAAGGACGUAAUCAACAAAGACAAAAUCUUUUGAAUGAGAAUAAUUCAUCAGCUAGAAGUACAUUAAAUAUGUGUCAAUAUGAUAAUGUGAAAUAA